AUGCCAAGCAAGUUAAAGAAGGCAAUCGGAGCAGUGAAAGACCAGACGAGCAUAAGCCUAGCCAAAGUCUCCAGCACCUCCACCUCCGCCAACCUCGAAGUCACCAUCCUCAAGGCCACCUCUCACGACGUCGUUCCGAUCAACGACAAGUACGUCCAUGAGAUUCUCACCCUCAUCUCCUCCUCCAAAUCCAACGCUGCCGCAUGCGCCCAAGCAAUCGCCAAACGCAUUGGCAAGACCCGCAACUGGAUCGUCGCCCUCAAAUCCCUCAUGCUCGUCCUACGAAUCUUCCAGGACGGCGACCCCUAUUUCCCCAUUGAGGUCCUCCACGCCAUGAAACGCGGCGCCAAAAUUCUUAAUCUCUCUAAUUUCAAAGAUGACUCGACCUCGUGUCCCUGGGACUACACCGCCUUCGUCCGCAACUUCGCUCUCUACCUUGAUGAAAGGCUCGACUGCUUCCUCACUGGAAAGCUCCAGAGGCGUUACACUUACACCUACCAGCGCAAUCAAGAUUGCAUUAUCAUCAACAACAACCGUAGCCGCCGGCGAGGUAACGAACCGGUGGUUCGGGACAUGAAGCCGGCGAUUCUGCUGGACCGGAUCCAGUUCUGGCAGAAAUUGCUGGAUCGAGCCAUCACCACAAUCCCAUCCGGUGUCGCCAAAACGAACCGUUUAAUCCUUAUUUCCCUCUACGCAGUCGUCCAGGAGACGUAUGAUCUAUAUAGAGACAUUUCCGACGGGCUGGCCCUGCUUCUAGAUAGUUUUUUUCAUCUCCAAUACCAAUCAUCUCUAAGUGCUUUCCACGCAUGCGUUAAAGCCUCGAAGCAAUUCGAAGAACUUUCUAGUUUCUACGCAACUUGCAAGGCAUUAGGCGUUGGGAGGACCUCUGAGUAUCCAAGCGUGCAGAAAAUCUCUGAGGAGCUGAUCGAGACAUUACAGGAGUUUGUGAAAGACCAAGCUUCGUUUCCAGGUCGAUCUCCGCCGUACCAUUUGAAUCAGACUAUCAAAGAUAAGGGGAUGGAGAGUAGCCCCGAACAAUUUGAGUUCGCUAAUUCGGAGCCGUACGAGGGUACUGCAUCCGAUAGAGGGUCAGCUUUUGGUUCAGCUUGCACGUCGUUAUCGGAUUUGAUGAGUGUUGGCGGUAUAGAAAAUGGGGCUAGCCCAUCGCGGUCGGCCGAGCAGGAUUACUUAACCUCCGAGGAGCAAUUGUCCGAGAAGACUCUGUCUCCAAUACAAUCACCGUUACCGGAAUUCAUGGUUGGUAGUAAUGAUAUAGCGUUGAGCCAAUCCCAAUCUGCUCCACAGAUUGAUCUUUUGGACUUCUUUCGACCGCAACAUACGGAUCUGGUUCAACAAGCUGGGCAACAAGCUAAUCAAGAAGAUGAGAAACCUCAAUGGGAACUCGUUCUUUUCGAGUCUUCAAGUCAAAGUGGUGCAACGGAAACAUCACCUAUUACAUCGCCUCCUCCUAACCUAUUUGCUUCUCUUUCUCCUGCUACCAUGUCCCUUAAUUUGUUGGAGUCAUCGUCCAGCCCAGACUUGGAUUAUUUCUUUCAGAAUUCUUCGACGAGCAAUACAUUACAUAUAAGCAAUCCCUUUCUUCAAGAUAUUAUACACGUUGAGGGCUUUGCAAUGCCCACCUCCAAUGAGACAACCAGUAACGUUGUCCUAGAAAACAUGGACGACUUCUAUUUCCCCUCCACAUCUCAGUCAUCAGCGACACCAAUAUUUAGUAUGCUGAGUUCCAAUGGGAGCACAUUCGCAACAACAUUUGUGGCUGAGAGUACAAAACAAAGCACGACGUCAACAACCUUUUCUUCACAUGACUCAAAUGAAAGGGGAGUGCCUUCAGUAGUUUGUGCAACGAAUACAACAGAUACCACAAUGGUACAAGCAAUUCAGGCAACAAGUCUGAAAGAGACUGAAACUACAACGUUUUCAGGUCAGAGUGGGGAAGGAAGCUCAAUGUCACCAUCCUUUCGUGCGCAGAGAAAAAAUAGUAGCAUAACGGCACCAACAUUUCAAUCAGAAGUUCCAAGCAAUACCAGUUUUGCAGUUUCAUUUUGUGAAGGAAAUUUUACAGAGACUGAAAUUGCACCAACAUUUUCAGCUCAGAGUGGGGAAGGAAGCUCAAUGUCUCCAACCUUUUGCGCACAGAAUACAAAUAAUAGCUUAAUGGCACUAGCAUUGCAAGCAGAAUUUCCAAAUGAUAGGACUUUGGCCCUUCCAAUUUCUGCAGAAAAUUCAUUAGAGAGUACAAUGUCUCAAAAUUUUGGGGAGCUGACACUUUAUAAUGGGAGUGUAGCACCGAGCUUCCGUUCAGAGGAACCUAAUGAGUUCAUGGCCGCGCCAACUUUCUCGACGACUAGUACUAGUGACAACGAGACCCCGAAAGUAUUUGGUUCGCCAUUUGCUAUCGAAAAUGAUGACCCGUUCGGACCCUUCUCCGGCGCCACAAGCCCAAGUGAACCUAUGUGUAAUGGAACAAUUAAUCAAGAAGCUCUGUUGCAUCAACAAAGACAGUGGUUGGAGCAACAAAACAAGAUCAUUGCUAAGCAUUUGACAUGA